AUGACACACUCGGGUUACACGCACACUUAUUUGCCACCACCACCACCACCACAACAACAAGGCGCCCGCGUGAGAUAAACAACGGGGCACGGAGGAAGACGCAAACAAACCCCCCCUAAAAAAAAAAAAAUCCGCGCACAUGUCGGAGGAUUUAAUUCAAUCAUCGCAUCGCUUCUCGGGAGAAGGAGGGAGGAUUCGCUGUUAAAUGUGGCGGAGGUCGCUACACAGAUCUGCGGUCUUUACGUCAGUGGUCGGCGCCCGGCGGGGAACUGUCACUUAAAUUGUGCGUCCACCACCCAAAAAAAAAAAAAGACCGAAAAGGAGGAUUUUUCAUUUUUGUUUUGUUUUGUUUGUGCAAGACGCUGCGGGCUGUCGUGGCCGCGAGAGGACGUUUCGUAAUGAUAUAAAACUGAAAGGAAGGAAGGAUUUUUUUUUUCUUCUUCUUCAAAGCUCUUGUCUACCGAAGCGUUUUUGUCGUUUUCCAGGCGGCGGAGUGUAAGAAUAGUUUUUUUUCUCUCUCUCUCUCUCUCUCGCGCUCUUCUUCGUGUGAACGCCUUGACUCAUGACUCGAGGUAACCGGGAGCCCCGGUCGACUUUGUCCGCCCUGCCGCGGAGGAUCACCGGGGGCUUUUUUCCCCUCUCCGCCCGCGACCCGAGGCUCUUCUGACUGAACGGCAACAAGAGGGAUCCGAGCAUUCCAGCUCGCGCGAGGCGGACAGGGUUACAUUGUGCGAGGAGCCGCUGUGGUAAGAGAACGGGGCUAUAAAUAGCCCGUGCAAUUCUCCAAAACUAUCACAAGUGGUGCAUCAGCUCGCGGAGCGAGACGGAAUCCGAUAUCCUGCGCGCAGACGCCUCGGCUUUCAAGUUUUCCGGAUCGUUUUUUUUUUGCACAGUAGCGAAAACGUGCGAUUUUUCUUUUUUUUUUUUUAAAAGAAGAAAAAUCUAAAGUUUUGACUUCCAAUUUCUCUUUUUUUUUGGACGGGGUUGGAGGGAGGGGGGUAAUGUGGGAGGGGAGAGAAUGAGUCGUUUCCUCAUGGAUUAUGGUCAUUAUUUAACGAGGAAACAAUCAGCGGACAGACUGGUGUGGAAACCCGCCGAUGCGCCCCCGUGCGCGGAUUGAGAUGGAUACAUUUCUGCGCUCCGCGCCUUUGACAAUGAUCACGCUGGGAAUCGCCUGACCUGACUCGCACGGGAUCCUAUUUGUCAGCCCUGCUCGGUGUCGACGCCGACGUAGGAUUUCGACAUGCCCAGCGCUGACGACCCCAACGGCGGACGAUUAUGACUACGGCAGCGAAUUGGGUGGCUAACGGGGCAAGCCUUGAGGACUGCCACUCCAACAUCUUCUCUCUGGCCGAGUUGACGGGCAUCAAAUGGCGUUGCUAUAGCUUCCGCGGCAGCGGGGAGUGCGGGCCGGUGAUCUCCUCCCCGGCCCAGGACGACCCGGUUCUGCGCAGCUUCAUGCGCUGCGUGCAGGCCAACCUGCUGUGCGUGUGGCGCCGCAAAGUCAAGCCCGACGCCAAGGAGCUGUGGAUCUUCUGGUGGGGCGAAGAGCCCCGCCUCUCCGACGUCAUUCACCAGGAGCUGGAAGUGUCUGAGGAGGGUCUCUGGGAGUGCGGCCUGUCCUACGAGUGCCGGACCCUCCUGUUCAAGGCUAUACACAACCUGCUGGAAAGAUGUCUGAUGGAUAAGGGGUUUGUGCGGAUCGGCAAAUGGUUUUUCAAGCCACACGAACUGCAAGAAAAGUCGCUGGGCAACAGCGAACACCUCUCGUGCUCCUUCUCCUUCUUCCUCCACGGCGAGAGCAACGUGUGCACCAGCGUGGAGAUCGCCCAGCACCAGCCGGCGUACCACGUCACAGAGCACCACGUCCGCCUGGCGCAGGCCUCCGUCACGCCGCUACAAGUCAUCCUGAGCCCGUACGGCCUGAGCGGCACUCUGACCGGUCAGGCCUUCAAGAUGAGCGACCCGGCGACGCGCAAGCUGAUGGAGGAGUGGAGCUACUUCUACCCGGUGGUGCUGCCGCUCAGGGAGGGAAGCGGAGAAAGGGAGAAGGGAGAAGCAAGCCAAAGCUACGAUCGCAACUGCCACGCGGCGGUGGAGGUCAUCGUAGGUGGAGUAAGGAUGACCUACCCAGCUGCUUUAGUGCUGAUCGCCCAGGGGGACCUGCCGCUGGAGCAGUCUCCACCUGUUCCUGCAACUCAGGGCCUCAGCAGGGAGCUGAACCACUGCAGCGUGCCGCUCACGCCGCCAGCGUCGCCGCAGCAGCCCUGCUCCGCGGACAGCGGCUUCGUGACGUCCAUCUCCAACGUCCCCACGCCAGACAGCGGCAUGGGGGUCGCCAGCGCCAGCCCAAAGCAUUCUGGGAAAAAGCUAACCUCUCAGGUAGUCCAGCAAGCCUGGAGGGAAUGCUAUCUCACCCAGCCUCAGCACGCAUUAAACUCUCACACUGGCGUAUCGCUUAAGAAGGACGCGCCUAGUGGAGUAACCGGCUGGGACUUCAGCGAUCUGGGAGGGAGAGUGUCCUGCAGCUGCUCCAGGUUGAAGCAGCAGAAGUUGAAUCUGACCGCCAGCGCCAACCCCCAGACCAGUGCCAAUCCCACACAGUCCUCUGGCGUGUCGCUAUACCCCCCCUCCCUGCCCAAACACAAGACCAGUGACAAGACGGAGAAGGCUGAUAAACAGUCCAAGAGGCCAGCCGUGACCUCCUUCCACCACCGCCUGUCUGUCUCCCGCGAGACCCCUCUGGAACAGGACCCAGCAGGAGGGCCUCAGCUCGGGGGUCUCGUGGCCCUGGAGCCGCCCUCGGAGCCUCCUUCUGCUCUGCCCAGCUGCAAGUAUCCCAAGCUCCUCCCCAACGGCAGGAAAGCCCCCGAGUCCCUCCUGCAUUCGCCGAUGUCUCCGCUUCCGCCCACGCUCAGCCCGCACCCCCGGGUGCAGGACCCGGAGGUCCUGGGUGGGCCCGCGGAUGUUCCCCUCUGUCAGGACGGCGCCGCGGGCCUGGGGUUGAUCGCCAGCGAAACGGCAGUGUACACAGCGCUGCUGAGGCAGAGGGAGAACGGGGCCGGCUGGUGGAGAGGCUUCAGGACACCCAGGACGGAUGAGACCGACUGCAGGCCCUGUGAACUCCCCACGGACGUCCUAGAGGAGGUGAAGACGGAGGCGGCGACCGAAGGAGCUCUGCUGAAGAGGCUAUAUACACAGACUCACAAGAGAUUUAAGAUCUCAGAGGAGCGGGUGAGGGACCACAUCCACACUUUGGGCCUGUUCCAGCAGUCAGGUGUGGAGGUGCUGCGGGAGCCCGGGGAGGACCCCUACGACUUUAAGGAGGGAGACAUCGAGUACACGUUCUCCUCUUCAAAGCGGUUAAAGGGUCAGGGACGAGAACCCAGCAAGAAGGCCAAGGGAGAAGAAAUCACCAGCAACGGAGCACUGCCUGAUGGGAACGAUGCAAUGUCUAUUUUUAACUCUGCUCCGAAAUCAGAAGAAUCCGGACAGGAUGCCGAUGGAGCCGCCAAGGCCAACCCUUCUCUGACCAGAGAAAAAGAUCUGGUGGUCAACAUCUCUGAUCUAGACAACAUAUUUGAUGAAGAUGAGGAAGAGUUGGGGACUGUUUACCCCAACCAGCACUCAAGCAAGCUACCAGUGUCCACAGAAGACCGUCCUCUGGGCAAAGAAGGGAGAGUUGCUGUACCGUAUCCAUCGACAGUAGCAGACCUCCAGAGGAUGUUUCCCACCCCACCUUCCUUAGAGCAGCACCCGGCCUUCUCCCCCGCCACCACGUACCGCGACACACCGAGCCAAGAGCCCCCCGUGCACAGCGGAGCGGCGGACCACCUGCUGCCUUUGGCCUCCUCCCAGUUUACCGAAUACCGGAUGGAGAUGGACGAGGGCCUGGCCAGUCCCGGGAUGGAGGAUCUCAAGCCACAAAUCGGCUCCUCCAUGUUUGCUCCGCUCUCCUGCUUACCCAGCCAGAGUCUACCACCGCUCAAGAUCACCGAGCAAUGCUACUACCGUCCAUCCUGGGCCCUCUUGCCCAAAAUGGAGCAUUUCCCGCUCAUGCAUUCCCAUAAUACCACUUUCAACAGAGAUGGAUACACAAACGUGCCAAGUGUCAACACCCUUAUGGACCAGGAGUAUGGCCAGAUGAGCACCACCACUGCCUCUGUGAGCACCAAUGCUGGCAUCCUGCCAUCUCCUGCCACUCCCCGCUUCUCCGUGCCCACCCCACGAACCCCGCGCACGCCGAGGGGCGUCAACGCCGCCAGCUCCGGGCAGGGUUCGGUGAAGCAGGAUGGUACCGAGCUCAGCUCGCCGGUCUCCACGCCCUCCACCAGCCUGCCUCUCAGCUCUGUGGAUCCUCUGGCUCGGCCGGGGCCCUCCCUGCCCGAAGCCCACAGCCUGUACGCCAUCCUCCUGCUCUCAGACUCCGUCCUCAACGUCUUCAAGGAUCGCAACUUUGACAGUUGCUGCAUCUGUGCCUGCAAUAUGAAUGUCAAAGGAGCGGACGUGGGGGUGUACAUCCCCGAUUCCACUUGCGAGGAUCAGUACCGCUGCAUGUGCGGCUUCAGCGCCAUUGUGAACAGGCGGCUGGCCCACGGCACGGGCCUCUUCCUGGAGGACGAGCUGGAUAUUUACGGCCGGACCUCUGAGGUCGGCCGGGCGGCCGAGAGGAGGCUGGCCCUCUGCAGACGGGACCCUAGCAUGGGGGACACGAGGGCCAAGCGCGCGCAGGACGCGGCCCCCGCCUCCCCUUUGGUCAUGAUCCUGUUGCAGGAGCACUGCUCCCAGCCCAUUUCCUCCUUUGCGUCACUGCAUCUCCCCCUCAGCUGUUCUUGCCACGGCCGCAUGGGGGCACUGCUCCAAAGCUGGACGUCUGAAAAGCAGUGGGCGGACGGGAGCGAUGCCUGCGUGGACUGUUACAAUGCCUUGGAGCAGGGCUUACAGUAUGUGGAUAACUCCACGGGAGGUAAAGUAGAUCCAGCUGUUGUCAGAAGUACAGCGCUUCACUCCUGGCCUCAUACAAAUGUGGCGGACAUGAACAUGCUGUCGUCCCAGGACAUGGUCCGUAUGCUGCUGUCUCUGCAGCCUUUCCUGCAGGAUGCCAUCCAGAAGAAGAGAUCAGGACGGACUUGGGAAAACAUCCAGCAUGUUCAGGGUCCGCUCACCUGGCAGCAGUUCCAUAAGAUGGCCGGGAGAGGCUCCUACGGUUCGGAAGAGUCACCGGAGCCCUUGCCCAUCCCGACAGUGUUACUGGGCUACGACAGGGACUUCUUGGCGUUGUCCCCGUUGGCGUUGCCUUUCUGGGAGAAGUUGCUACUCGAGCCUUACGGGGGUUCGCGGGACGUGGCGUAUGUCGUCCUGUGCCCCAGUAGCCCGUCUCUGCUGGCCGCAGCCCGCGCCUUCUUCCAGGAGCUCAGCGCCGUCUAUGAGACGUGCCGCCUGGGGAAGCACCGUCCUCUGGCCAAAGUGUCCAUGGACGGCCUGGUGCGCGUGGGAGAAGAAGUGGAAGCAGAAAAGCUGGAGGCGCUGGGUGUGGACCAGUGGGUGACCGGACCCUGGGCUGGACAGCAGCACAGCGACAACCUCAGCAAACUUAAACUCUACGCGUAUGCAUGCAAGCAGCAGCUUGGUCCCCAGCUGUCCGCUCUUCCAUUGGACAGCAGCCUUCUGUUGCCUCCCAAAGUCCAGCCUCCCUCACACCCGGCACCCUCAGCGCAGCCUGCCUCUUCCGGGCAGCCUCAGGCCUGGGGCCCUGACGGUGGACCGGCUCCAGGGGCCGUCAGUUCAGCAAAUGCUUCGACCCCGACUGCAGCGACCUCGAACCAGACCGGGGAGACAGCCCAAGGUGCACUGAGCGACCCUAAAGGUCCACCCGGUGCGACGCCACCAACCAACACACCAGCAGAAAACCCUGAACUCACGGCAGAGCAGUCCAGGAUUGGCAUCCCCACCGUGGCCGAUUCAAUGGACAGCCUCGCCAACCCACCGGCUAUCGUUAUUUACAUAGUGGAUGCUUUUCUUAGCUCAAGUGGCGCGAGAAACGAAGGCGGAGAGGAAGAAGAGGGCGACGAAGUGGAGGCCAGUAGCAUUUGGCUGCUCGGGCUACUUCGCUGCUACACAGAGAUGCUGAAGACUUUGCCCGAGACAAUGAGACCUGCGCUCGUGCUACAGGUGGUGCCGUGCCAAUACCUCCUCCAGCCGGCCAGCGGGGAGAGCCAUUUCUACCUGCAACAUCUGCGCUCCCUGUCCUUCUCCUGCUACUCCCAAUGCAGACGGCUCCUGCCCCAGCAAACACCCAUCAAGUCCCUGACGGGCUUCGGUCCAGUGUCAAAUGUUAACUCUGUACUUAAGAGUCCGGAGCAUCCUAGCCCCCUGCAGCUGUACACGCCCCCCUUCAUCCUUGGGCCGACCCGUUCCAAGCCGCCAGAACCAGGGGAGAUCUGGGCAGAGCUCCCUCCCAAAUACAACGUGCUCUUUGUUGGGUACUGCCUAUCACAUGACCAGCGCUGGAUCCUUGUGUCCUGCACUGACCAGCAGGGGGAGCUCCUGGAGACCAGUAUCAUCAACAUUGACGUCCCCAACAGAGCGCGACGUCCCAAGGUUUCAGCCAGAAAGAUGGGACUGCAGAAGCUGUGGGAAUGGUGCAUUGGCAUCAUCCAGAUGACCUCGCUGCCAUGGAGGAUUGUGAUUGGACGAUUAGGCAGGCUGGGGCACGGAGAGCUGAAAGACUGGAGCUCACUCCUCGGGGAGCAUUCCCUCCAUUCAAUAGGGCGCCAGCUGAGGGAAGCCUGUCGAAUGUGUGGCAUCUCAGCCGCCGACUCCCCCAGCAUCCUCAGCGCCUGCCUGGUAGCCAUGGAGCCGCAGGGCUCCUUUGUGAUCAUGCCCGACGCGGUCACCAUGGGCUCCGUCUUCGGGCGCAGCACUGCUCUGAACUUGCAGACGUCGCAGCUGAACACGCCUCAGGAUGCUUCCUGCACACACAUCCUCGUCUUUCCAACCUCUGCCACCACCCAGCUGGCUCCCAGCUCCUACCCCACCGAGGACAACAAUGAUGACAUGUUCGAUCUGCCCUUUCCUGAUGAACUGGAGAACGACAUUGGCCACGACAUGAUGCUCAUCACAGGCAACCUCCACCCGUCCCCCAACACCUCCCCCGUGCCCUCCCCAGGCUCUCCGUCCGGGAUGGGCAUGGGCUCGCAUUUCCAGCACACCAAGAACCAGGGAGAGCGCCUGAUGUCCAGGGACAGUCCACCAGAGGAGCUGAAGCAGCAGCCGCUGGCUCUGGGCUACUACGUCUCCACCGCUCAGGCCAGCGGACUUCCUCACUGGUUCUGGGCCUCCUGUCCGCAAGCUGAGAGCCAGUGUCCGCUCUUCCUCAAGGCCUCCCUCCACCACCACAUCUCCAUAGCUCAAACGGAUGAGUUGGCAUCCGACAAGACUAAGCGGCCCCCUCACCCCUUAGACUCCAAGAAAACCUCGGAUGUGCUCAGGUUUGUACUGGAGCAGUACAACGCCCUCUCCUGGCUGACCUGCAGCCCUGCCACGCAAGACCGCCAGUCCUGCCUGCCCGUCCACCUGGCCGUGCUGAUCCAGAUGUACAACGCCAUCCUGAACAUGCUUUGAGUGUGCGUGUGAGACUUCAACGGCGACUCUAGAGGGCUGACGGGCACCUUCAUUUCCUCUGUGCCUACGCCUCCUCCCUCUUUGGGGCACCAGGGGGCAGCGGAGCUCUUCUGCCGCUUCGGCCUCGCAUGGAUUCAGGGGCCGAAUAGAGCGAACGGGCAAGUCAGACUCUCCGAGGCUUGGAAUGUAAUUAAUAAGAAGGGAGAACGAACAACAAUGUGACAUGUCAAACGUGACGCCCUGCAAACCCAGCACAGGCUGUGCCUUCGCAACCGCUCCUGUGUCAGGCAUGGUACUUUCUGAGGGGGGGGGGGGGGCAAAUGGAUCUAUCCGACUACGCCCAUUUAUUGACAUAUCACAGAUACUCCCCCCCCGAUCAAAAUUGCAUUACGCCCCACUCGGGCUACACCUCAACGGCAUUUGAAGACACAUCGGACAUUUACGGAGAAGCUAUUUAACAUUCUGUUUCCACCCAAACCUGUGAAGGGGGGGGGGGGGGGUCUGUGUAGGGCCACUUAACUCCCUAUUGUACCAGCAAAGUGGCAUGACUACUCAAACACAUGGCUUUGUUACAUCAAAGAUGCUUUUACAUUUUUGUAUAGAAAUGCACUCUUAUGCUUCUUGCAGUCGGUCGGUGAAACUUGUACUUUUAAUGGAAAGGGGCCCUUUUCCUCACCUUCCAAAGUGUUGUAGAUAUGAACACGAUGGAUGAUGUUUGACCAGUAAAGCCAGAUGUGUCGUUUAUGAUGUUAUGACAUACAUUUGCAAAGAAUUAAGACUUAUUUUUAAUAUUUAAAACGGAAAAAGGAGAAACUUAAACAAGGCCUUUUUCCCAAUUGACUCUUAAUUUUCUUGGGAUCAGAAAUAAAAAAGUGUAAUUUUAAUGCAAUUGUAUAGAUGCCAUAUUUAUACAAAUUAUAUCAUAUCAUAGAAUUUGAUAUAAAUAUAUAUAUAUAUAUAUAUGAAUAUACAUAUAUAUAUAUAUUACCUCUUCCAAGCAGGCACUUAAUGAUAAGGAGGAUGGACUCAAGCGUCUCUUUAGAAGUGGACACAGUAUGAACAUUUAUCUUUUUUUUUUUUUUUUACUUUCUACAGAUACCGAACAUUUUACCUUUUCAUUUAAUGGAUUUAAAUUAAACAAAUUGAUGCAGGAGAUACAGUAUACUCUAUAUUUAUAAAGUGUCCCUCCUCUGCUUAAAAACUUCAAAUAGGCAGCAGAACACCAAGGUUAUUAAAUAUUUAAAAACGUUGCUUUAUUUCAUUGGCUCUCCUAAAUGUCGCCGAGCGAACCAAUAGAAAGGCCCGUCCACAGCUUCGCCCAGUCUGCUCUCUGUUACAUUUCUAGCAUGUGUGUAUAUACACUUUUCAGCUGUGUUUUUUGGAAUUUUCUUAAAGCUGUACAUUUCAUGCUGUUCGGUUUGCUUUAAAGUGAUUCAUAUCAAGUUUUUUUUUUUUUUUUUUUUGCUGAGCUUUUUGAUAUACAGUAUGCAGUACAAAAGUCAUUUAAUUACAGCCAUGGGGUUGAAUUGCCAAGUAAGUGUACACAAAUGUACAGACACGGGCAAGUUUGCAAAAAUGUUCCAUCUGUCAUCACUUUGAAUAUCGAACAGAUCCACCUUAGUGGGAGAGAUCUGUUACUUUUACACUCUUUUUUAGUAAAUUAUUAAAACUCCUGAAAAUGA